CUUGCAAAGCAUGCAGGCCGAAUGACCAGACAAUACAAGUUUAAUAUUCAAAUGAAAAAUGUUACAAGAUUGUGUCAAACAAAGAGUAUUGUGACAGUCAAUGGCCAGUUACCAGGACCUACAAUCACUACUAGGGAAGGAGACAGACUUCUCAUCAAAGUUGUUAAUCAUGUUCAGUACAAUAUCUCUAUUCACUGGCAUGGAGUGAGACAACUAAGAAGCGCAUGGGCAGAUGGACCAGCUUAUAUUACACAAUGCCCUAUCCAAACGGGCCAAAACUAUGUAUACAAUUUCACUAUUACUGGGCAAAGGGGAACAUUGUUUUGGCAUGCUCACAUCUCAUGGCUGAGAGUUACAGUCUAUGGAGCUAUUGUUAUCCUUCCCAAGAAAGGCGUCGCUUAUCCUUUUCCUCAACCCUUUAAAGAAGUUCCUAUCAUUUUUGGUGAAUGGUGGAAUGACGAUACAGAAACAAAUAUCAAUCAAGCCCUCCAAACUGGUGGAGCUCCAAAUAUUUCGGAUGCUCAUACUAUCAACGGUCUUCCUGGACUUUUCUACAAUUGCUCCACUAAAAAUACAUUCAGAUUGAAAGUGAAACCUGGGAAAACAUAUCUAUUGAGAUUAAUCAAUGCUGCACUCGAUGAUGAGCUAUUCUUCAGUAUAGCUAACCACACCCUUACUGUUGUAGAAGUUGAUGCAGUUUAUAUAAAACCAUUUAAGACAAAUAUAAUUUUAAUAACUCCAGGACAAACUACAAAUCUCCUACUAAAAACCAUGACUCACCACCCUAACGCCACCUUUCUCAUGGCGGCGCGGCCUUACUCCUCCGGUCCCGCCGCCUUCGACAAUACAACAACCACCGCAAUCUUGGAAUAUGAAAAUCAACCCUCCACCAAAAAAAGUAACAAAUUUCCUGUAUUAAGACCUACACUCCCUAUUUUCAAUGACACAAAUUUUGUUACAAAUUUUAGCAAGAAAAUCAAAAGUCUAGCAAAUGCAAAAUUCCCAGCUAAUGUUCCAAAAAAUAUUGAUAGUCGAUUUUUUUUCACUGUUGGACUAGGAUUACAUCCAUGUCCUCAGAACCAAACAUGUCAAGGACCAAAUAAUACGAAAUUUGCAGCAUCUAUUAAUAAUGUCUCCUUUGUUCAGCCAAAUAUAGCAUUACUUCAAGCUCACUUUUUCAACCAAUCAAAUGGUGUUUAUACUACUGAUUUUCCAGCCAACCCAACAUUCAAAUUUAAUUACACAGGCAACCCACCAACCAAUAUAUUUGUGACAAGUGGCACAAAAGUUGUAGUGCUUUCUUAUAAUACUAGAGUGGAGUUGGUUUUACAAGACACUAGUAUUCUUGGUGCUGAAAGUCACCCUCUUCAUCUUCAUGGGUUCAAUUUCUUUGUUGUUGGUCAAGGAUUUGGAAAUUACAAUCCUAGUCAAGAUCCUGUUAAUUUCAACCUCGUUGACCCUGCUGAAAGGAACACUGUUGGUGUGCCAGCUGGUGGCUGGGUCGCCAUUCGCUUCCUUGCCGACAAUCCAGGAGUGUGGUUUAUGCAUUGUCACCUUGAAGUUCACACAAGCUGGGGAUUGAAAAUGGCUUGGAUUGUAAUGGAUGGAAAAGGCCGCAAACAGAAGCUUCCUCCUCCACCUGCUGAUCUUCCUAAGUGUUAAUCCUCUUUAAUUUGUUUUCUUCAUUAAUUUUUCGUGUUUUUCUUACAUUGUAUAAUUUAUUAAUAUUGCUAAGAGCGUCUAAUGUUCUUUGAAUUUCUGAUUAUGCCCCUUCGCUUGUAAUGAAAUUCAAAGUGAGGAGUCCUUUGCCACAAGUUUUGCAAAA